UCGUCGUCCCCCGCCUCCUCCCCAGGGGCCGCGGCGGAGCCUCGGCGGCGGCGCUCACUCCCUGAGCGGAGCGUGUCGGCGUUGGCAGCGGCCAUCCACACGCCGCGGCGCCUCCCUCUCUCGGCCUCCCGGCGACCCCCGUUCGCGGCUCCCGCGCCCGUUCAGCUCUCUCGCUCGCCCUCCGUCCCUGAGGCCCGCGGCGCCAUGGCCUUGGCGUUGGCGGCGCUGGCGGCCGUGGAGCCGGCCUGCGGCACCGGGUACCAGCAGUUGCAGAAUGAAGAGGAGCCUGGGGAACCUGAGCAGACUGCAGGUGACGCUCCUCCACCUUACAGCAGCAUCUCUGCAGAGAGUGCAGCAUAUUUUGACUACAAAGAUGAAUCUGGGUUUCCAAAGCCCCCCUCUUAUAACGUGGCUACAACACUGCCCAGUUAUGACGAGGCUGAGAGAACCAAGGCUGAAGCCACGAUCCCUUUGGUUCCUGGAAGAGAUGAAGAUUUUGUGGGUCGAGAUGACUUUGAUGAUACUGACCAGCUGAGGAUAGGAAAUGAUGGGAUUUUUAUGUUAACUUUUUUCAUGGCAUUCCUCUUCAACUGGAUUGGGUUUUUCUUGUCUUUUUGCCUGACCACCUCAGCUGCGGGAAGGUAUGGGGCCAUCUCAGGAUUUGGUCUUUCUCUAAUUAAGUGGAUUCUUAUUGUCAGGUUUUCUACCUAUUUCCCUGGAUACUUUGAUGGCCAGUACUGGCUCUGGUGGGUGUUCUUGGUUUUAGGCUUUCUCCUGUUUCUCAGAGGAUUUAUCAAUUAUGCAAAAGUUCGGAAGAUGCCAGAAACUUUCUCAAAUCUCCCCAGGACCAGAGUUCUCUUUAUUUAUUAAAGAUGUUUUCUGGCAGAGGCCUUCCUGCACUGAUGAAGUCCCUUAAGAAGCGAGAGCACCUGCAGGAAGUGAAUCAGCGCCAGAAUGGAGCACAGUCACCUGCUUUAAAAAUAAAGUACUGUUGAAAAAGAUCACUUCUCUCUAUUUGUUCCUAGCUGUAAAAUGUUAAUAGUUAAUGCAGAAUUCUGUAAUCAUCGAAUCAUUAGUGGUUAACGUUUGAAAAAGCUCUUGCAAUCAAGUCUGUGAUGUAUUAUUAAUAAUGCCUUAUAUAUUGUUUGUAGUCAUUUUAAAUAGCAUGAGCCAUGUCCCUGUAGUCAGUAGGGGGCAAUCUUGCUUUAUUCAUCCUCCAUCUCAAAGCAGAUUUGAAAUUACAGAUUAGUCUAAGCUAUGUAUAAGGCUGGCUGUUUGAAAAGGGGUUUUCUCAAAAGUCAAAACUUUGGUUAUGACUAUAUUUCUGCACAUAAUCCAUAUUUCCUGUUCAGAUUAAUCUAGAAAUAUGUUUAAUUGUACUGUGUGAACACCAGGAAACAAAACCAUAGUGCAAAGCUCAUCGUAGUGUUAACAAUGUUCUCAAUUGGUAAAUAAGUAUUAAUUUUACAUAGUCUAUAUUCAGAAAUUACCUUUUCAUUCUGUAAUUCUGUGUACAAAGGAAUUCUUAAGGUGUUUGUCAUCAUAUAAAAUGGAAAGGGCAAAGACAGAUUCAGAUUAAAUACUAAAUGUUAUUCUGUAAACUGAGUGGCUAGAAUCCCAGAGGGUCAGGAGCAAAGAAUUAAUUUGGAACUUUUGAGAAGAUCCCUAACAUUGUGUACUCCUUGCUUUUACAACUGUUAUAACUGUAGAAUGAUGUGCUUGCUGCCCAAGUGCUAGCUCACUUUGGUUGCUAUAUUAAACUGUAAAUACAAUGGAACAUUAAUAAAUGUCUCUGUAGCACCUUUUACUGUA